AUGCAGGGCAUGCAGAUGCGUUUUGGUCGGAUGACCACCAAGCGGACGGCCGACGACAGCCAGGUCGCCGUGCUCUUAAAGGAUUUCGAAGAUGCCGACAUGCUUUUGUCCAGGAUCGCGGAUUCGACAAAAGCCUGGCGCGAUGCCUGGGUGUCCAUCGCCACCUUCCAAAGCCGCAUGAUGGAUGAAUUCGAUGGGUUCUAUGCUCCCAUCGCCGGCUCCGCUGAAACACCCUCCCCGCAUCGACCCGUGGAAACCGACGCGACGCUCCUCGGUCGAACCAACCGGAUGCGCAAGGAGUAUGACGAUCUCCGCGAGGAGAUGAUCCAGGAACUCGAGGUCGUCGAGGAGCGCAUGUCGCAGCCGGCGGAAAAUGCAAAGAGCUACCUGGCGCCGAUGAAGAAGACGAUUAAGAAGCGGAACGAUAAGAAGUCCGAAUUCGAAGUCUACCAGGGCAAGGUCGACAGCCUCAUUCACAAGCCCAAGCGGACCGAACGCGAAAAUGCCAACCUCGUCAAGGCGAGGACGGAUCUGGCCAGCGCCAAAGAGGUGUACCAAGCAGCCGACGAUGACCUGCGUCGUCGCCUGCCGACGUUGAUCUCGCUCCUGUUCUCGCUGGCUCCCAUCAUCCUCAAGGCUCAGGUCGAGAUCCAAAAUCGCAUGCUCGGAACAUACUACACGGUACUCCUCUCCUUCUGCGAAGAGAAUGGAUUCCCAGUUCCGCCAGCACCGAUGGACCAAAUUACCACCGACUUCGAACUUGCCCACGACCCCAUUCGAGGCCAGAUCGAAGGCAUGGGCUGCCUCGCGCAGGGCAAGGCAAUUCGACAGGCGCAGGCCAAUGAACAGAAUAAACGCCCCACUCUUCAGGGUCGCACCAACAGCAUGGCAACGACGGUUUCGACGUCCUCGCGUUCUUCCAUUCCUUCCAUUGCUUCUUUUCGCGGUGCCCCUGCUCCCCAGCGCCCGAUGCCCACUCCAGUCACCUGCGGAUCUGAGGUUUCGUCGCCAGCCUCUUCGUACAUGACAGCCCGGAACUCCGUCUCUGUAGCCUCGGGCACGUCGCCUUUGCCAUCAGGAAGUGACUCUUACACGCCGCCUCCGGAUUCGAUGCCACCCCCGCAAACAACCACCCCGUUACCCAGCGGCGUGUCGUUCUCUCCUGCUGCCCCGCCGCAGGAUCAUUUCCAGCGAAGCCACCAACACAGCUCCCUCAACGCCGGGCCGAGCAUCCCCUUCGCGAAUGGGGAGCCCUUCGCCAUGGCCGCACUGAAGAAGAAGAAGCCCCCGCCUCCACCUCGUCCCAUUUUUGUCACGGCCAUGUAUGACUUUGACGGGCAGGGUGAUGGGGAUCUGGUGUUCCGCGAGGGUGACCGCAUUCGUGUUAUGAAGAAAACGAGCAGUACGGAUGAUUGGUGGGAGGGUGAGCUCGCUGGUGUGCAGGGAUAUUUCCCUGCCAACUAUGUUGAGUAG